AUGGCAGUUGGCCGCGGCCGGCCUGCGAGUGCUCCGCCCUCUGCCGGCUCCUGACUAACGCCAAUGAAAAGCGCUUCUAGUGCAAUUGAUGGUCGAAAGAGCCAAUCCCACCCUUCCAGGGCAGGAGAGCACGGAGGGAAGCGAGGAAAACCACAGCUCCUGCUGGAUUUGUGUGUAAUAGCGUAAUCACUCAACAUUCCAUUUUGCUUGAUAAAAUCAUCCGGUUUUGAAACUGGAGGUCUCGAAAGCGAAGACUGGCACUCCUCAAAGUCUCAGGACGGACAGCUAGCAGGCCGAUACUGAACAAAAGUCCCCAACUCGAGGAGGCGUCACCCUUGGCAAACCAAACCUCAGUCCAUUGGCCCACAGGUCUCCGUGAUAGACGUCUUCCCAGACCAAUGACUUCCUGCGCUGGAGGCGGGUCUCACAUAGCGGGCCUAUGGGAGCCUACGUCAGCUUAGCCAAUAGGGUCAGGGAAGGGGGCGUGGCGGGAAGUUUGAAACUAGUAGCUUCGGGAGUUGAACUUCGAGCUGCUGUGUCCCGAAGGUGGAAUUGGGGCCUGGCAUCCCCUCCUCGCUCCGGGCCGGGCCCUGCCCCCACCCUACAACUCCUGGUUGAGAUGGGCUCAGCCAAGAGCGUCCCAGUCACUCCAGCGGGGCCUCCGCCGCACAACAAGCAUCUGGCUCGAGUGGCAGACCCCCGUUCACCUAGCGCUGGCAUCCUGCGUACUCCCAUCCAGGUGGAGAGCUCUCCACAGCCAAGUCUACCAGCAGGGGAACAGCUGGAGGGUCCCAAACUUGCCCAGGACUCAGAUCCCCGCUCUCCUACCCUUGGCAUUGCACGGACACCUAUGAAGACCAGCAAUGGAGACCCUCCAAGCCCACUGGUGAAACAACUGGGUGAAGUAUUUGAGACUGAAGCCUCCGAAUCAAAUCUUCCCCCAGAGUCUGUUCUGCCCCUGGAGGUACCUUUAUCUUCUGAAUUGGACUUGCCUCUGGGUACCCAGUUAUCCCUUGAGGAUCAGAUGCCAGUUUGGAACCAGAUUAAGCUCCCUUCUAAACAGGUGUUUUCCAAGGAGGAAGCAAAGCAGCCCACAGAAACCCCUGUGGCCAGCCAUAGCUCAGACAAGCCUUUAAGAGAUCCUGAGACUCCCCGAUCUUCAGGUUCUAAGCGAAAUAGACGGAAACCAAAGGGCAAGGUACUAGGGAGAUCCCCCCUCACCAUCCUGCAAGAUGACAACUCCCCUGGAACCCUGACACCACGACAGGGUAAGCGACCUUCUCCGCUAAGUGAAAAUGUUAGGGAACUAAAGGAAGGAGCCAUUCUUGGGACUGGACGACUUCAGAAAACUGGAGGACGAGCAUGGGAUCAAGGCCAGGACCAUGACAAGGAAAAUCAGAACUUCCCUUUGGUAGAAAGCUAGGCCCUGGCACUGGAUUCACCCAGGGCCUGGUGAUAUUCUAUGUCCUCUCACCCUUUUUUUCCCAGGGAGACUGAGGAAAGGCUUGUUUUCUUUGACUUCUCCUAACCUACCAAUUUGGAACUGAGAGAUUUAUCUGGAUUUCUUUGUGUCUUUUGUGUUGCUUGUAUAUUAAAGGAAGUGGUUUUAAAAGAUGUUUUUAAAAGGUA